AUGUCAUCAUCCAAUAACGACGCGAGUAAUACUAAUAUAAUCAGAGACGGUUUGAAUGCGAUAAACAACUACUGGAUGUCCAUUCCAAUCCCAGACGCCUUUCGCGCGUUAAUUACCGUCCUCGUCUUCCGGAACAUUUUGUUCGCCAUUCGACGGUACUUCUUCGGCGACGAACGAGAACUCGCUCGGAACGGAGGUGAUAAAGGCCUCGUCGUCGAGUGCGAAUCGCUCGAGCAGGUGGAAAAAGAAAUCGAAAAAGCGAAACGGAGAGAGAAAGCGGUCGCGAUUGAUUACGGCGCGACGUGGUGCCCACCCUGUCGAAGAAUGAAGCCAAUCUUUGCGAAAAUGUCCAGGGAGUUUCGAGACGCGUGCGCGUUUUUAGCCGUGGACGUGGACAAAGCGAGAGACGCCUCCAUGGCGGCGAAGAUUCAGUGCAUGCCGACGUUUCAGUUUUACAUGAAAGACGGCGAAAAGUUGGACGAGGAAGUUCAAGGUUUGGACGUCGGGAAGUUACGGCGAAUAUUGACGAAAGAUUUAGGUUGCCGAGCGAGCGAGGAGGAAGAAAAGGAAGAGAAAGAGAACGCGAAGAUAAUAGCUCAGCCCGGGCCGGGUACGAUCAAAGAUAAAAAGAUGAACUGA